AUGCCGUCCAGGGACAUAGAUAUUGGGCAGCUCCUAAUCACGCCAAACACAAUUAAUAUCGGCAAAAAAUCAGAAAAUGACAUCAUGAAACUCAAAAUUGCCAAAUGGGUGAAUUUUGGAUAUAGCCAUUGCUCUCCACUAAAGUGCUCUGAACAAGAAAGUGCCAAAUUCUCUGAACAAGAAAGUGCCAAAUUCUCUGAACAAGAAAGUGCCAAAUUCUCUGAACAAGAAAGUGCCAAAUUCUCUGAACAAGAAAGUGCAAAACAAGAAAGUGCCAAUUCUCUGAACAAGAAAGAAAAGUGCAAAUUCUCUGAACAAGAAAGUGCGAAAUUCACUGAGCAAGAAAGUGCCAAAUUCUCUGAACAAAAAAGUGCCAAAUUCUCUGAACAAGAAAGUUACAAAUUCUCUGAACAAGAAAGAGCUAAAUUCUUUGAACUAGAAAAUGCCAAAUUCUCUGAACAAAGAAAAAAGUGCCAAAAUUCUCUGAACAAGAAAGUGCAAUUCUCUGAACAAGAAGUGCCAAAUUCUCUGAACAACAAAGUGCCAAUUUCUUUGAACAAGAAAAGUGCCAAAUUCUCUGAACAAGAAAGUGCAAAAUUCUCUGAAAAAGAAAGUGCCAAAUACCCUGUUCCAGAAAGUGCAACUACAAAAAGUGUCAACUCUGAACAAGAAAGUGCCAAAUUCUCUGAACAAGAAAGUGCCAAAUUCUCUGAAAAAGAAAGUGCCAAAUUCCCAGAUCCAGAAAGUGCCAAUACAAAAGUGUCAACUUCUAUGAACAAGAAAGUGCCAAAUUCUCUGAACAAGAAAGUGCUAAAUUCUCCAAUUCAUAAAAUCCCAAAUUCUCUAAUCCAGAAGGUGCCAAAUUCUCUGAACAACAAAAUGCCAAGUUCUCUGAUCCAGCAAGUGCCAAAUUCUCCGAACCAGACAGUGCCAAAUUCCCCGCGCCUGGCACGUGUUUGGUGGACAUUUAGCUGA